GACGUCUGACGUAUUUGUGACAGUUGGCAGACAACAGCAUACGUGAAACAAAAUUUAGUUUAGAAAGAAAGAAAUAUUAAUACAUAUUCAAAUAUUAUGUGAUAAUAAUUGAUAGAAUAAAUAUGAGAUUUAUUAUUCUCGUCUUUUUGGCAUAUGCUGCAAGCGCAGCGGCAUGGGAUGAUGAUGAUUUUGAAGUUUUUGACGUGGUUGAAGAAGUAAACCAGAAUUUUUACGAAUUAUUAGGCGUAACACAGGAAGCCUCGCAGCAAGAGAUUAAAAGUGCAUUUAAAAAGCUUACUUUGAAGCUUCACCCAGAUAAGAAUAGUGCACCAGAUGCUGAUGUUCAGUUCAGGAACUUGGUAUCAGUGCAUAAUAUACUUAAAGAUCCAGGGAAAAGAGAAAAGUAUAAUGAAGUGCUCAAAAAUGGUCUUCCCAAUUGGAGAUCCGCUGUAUAUUAUUAUCGACAUGUAAGAAAAAUGGGCUUAGCCGAAGGAUCUGUGAUUUUAUUUAUUAUUAUUACAUUUGGCCAGUACGCUGUUGGCUGGGCUGCAUACGUUGAGAAGAAGUUUACAGCUGAGCAAAUAUUAAACAGCAGAGGCAAGAAACUAAAGAAGAGUGGUUUUGACACUGGUUUGGCGGAAAUAUUAGAGAAAUUACCGAAGCCAAGUAUAAAGGAUACACUGCCAUUCCAAAUACCGAGGUUCCUCUGGUGGAUAGUGAUGGCUAUACCCAGAGGAAUUGUGGAGCUGAAGAGACAAAUGAAGGAAAGAGAAGAGGAAGCGAAAAGACAGAAAAAGAAGGAAGAGGAGGAGCGGCUGCGUGCGGAGCGCGAGGCGGCGGCGGCGGAGGCGCGGGCGGCGAGUGGGGGUGCGGGGGGUGCAGGGGGUGCGGGGGGUGCGCGACGACGUCGGGGCUUUGUGCCGCCGGAGCGCGAGGCCUGCUUGCUGGACGCUGCAGACGAGCCUCACCACACCGCGCCCACUGUGCAGCCAGCUAAAACAACGCCGCCGGUGGUGACGGGGGGGUUGUGGACGGACGAGGACCUGGCGGAGCUGGUGAGGCUGGUGAAGAAGUACCCGGGGGGUACGCCGGAGCGUUGGGAGCGUAUCGCGGCGGCCAUGGGGCGAGGGGUGCCCGAGGUCACUCACGUGGCCGCUCGCCUCAAGGACAACUGCUACAAGAUACCAGGACAGGAGCCCCCAGAGGAAGCUGUCAUUGAACCCCCCAAGAAGGUGAAGACCCGUAAGACGGAGGAGGGUGGCGGCGGCAGCUGGUCUCAGAGUCAGCAGCGCGCGCUGGAGACGGCGCUGGCGAAGCACCCCAAGGGUGGAGCCGGCGACCGCUGGCAGAAGAUCGCCGCCGCAGUGCCCGGCAAGACCAAAGAGGAAUGCAUGCAGAGAUGUAAAUAUCUCUCGGAUGUUGUGAGGAAGCAGAAACAGAAAGAAGAAGAGGAAAGAGAAGCGCAAAAAGAGGAAACCAGUGACGCACAAAAAGAUGAAGAAAUUACUUCGUAAUCAAAUAAAAAUGUUCUUUCAAUUAUUACAUUUUUAAUUAAAAAUAAAAUUCCAUCGAUUUUUUGGCUUUUUCAGAAACUAUCAAAGGUCUAAAAUCAAUAUUCGAUC